AUGCCACGUAAGCUACGUAAGAAUAUACGUAAGAGGAAGAGAGCAUUGAAACAUCCAAUAGUAAAACUGACACCACAACAACAGUUGCAACAACAAAUGAUGAAUGACCCCACUAUGUUGCAACAAAUGUCAAGCAACCCUAUGCUUUUAAACCGAGUUAUUGGUGCACAGAGUGGAGGUUUAAGAGCGGCACUUUUAGCGAAAAUGGCAGGCUAUGGUGGAGCUGCAGACGGAACAGCUUAUAACCCUCAAAGUCAAAUGAAUUUGAGUUCACUCAAAAAUCAAAUAACAGAUGUCAAAAAGUCAAACAUAGACAUACAGAAACAAAUAAGUGAAAACGAAAAGAAACUAGAAUAUGACAGACACACAAAGAAACUCAAUGAGUUAAACGUAGAGAAAAAGAAGAAAGAAGAACAACUGAAAGAACUAAGUACAGAGGAAUAUGCGAAAAAAGUGUCAGAAAAAGCAGCAGAAGUAGCAAAAAUGGAACAAGAUGUUAUAAAUUUGAAAAACCAUACUACUCAAUAUAAAGUACUGAAAGAUGAAGAGAUAAAACAAAAAGCCCUGAAGACAUAUAUGGAUAGCGAUGAGUAUAAAAAAGAAGUUGAAGCAAAUGUAAAGGCAGAAAAACUUUUACAGUUGCAAAACCAAACCGUACAGUAUGAAAACUUAGCACAAGAAAGUAAAAAUAACGACGCAGCCAUGCAAAAGGCAAUGAAAAGCGCAGAAUAUAUAAAAGCUAACAAUGACUGGUUAGAUGCCCAAGCCAACGCUAAAGCAGCCCAACUUAUAGGGUCAAUAAGGACAAAAAUACAAGCGGAUGAAGACAGUUCAAAUGAAGCUUUAAUGAAUGCUGACUUUAAGAACGCCUUCGAAGCUCUUCAUAGUAAG